AUGGCGGGAUUAGAACUUAUCUUUUCUACUGUUUGCAACGCGACAUUUUGUGGAACUAUAGAUGAUAAUCCAUUGCACGAUGUUAAACCAGUACGCCACCAGUUGGAAAAUUUUGUAAAUGGCACGCAUCUGAGGAUUGGAACGAUCAAUUAUUAUCCUGAGAGUUGGGUGGAAAGGACUGAAAAUGGCACAUACAUAGGCAGGGGAGCAGCAUUCGACUUGGUACAUAUAUUACAGAAGAAAUUCAAUUUCACUUACGAAGUUGUCGUUCCGGAAAGGAACAUGUUGUACAGCGAUAACAGACCACUGGAAUCCCUCAUUGGGCUACUUGGCUCAAAUCGUAUUGAUCUGGCAGCGGCAUUUAUUCCAAUUAUGAAGAACUCAGAUCAAUUUGUAACAUUCUCAACGGUUAUUGAUGAGUGUAAUUGGAUGAUGAUGCUAAGACGCCCAAAGGAGUCGGCGGCUGGUUCUGGACUUCUUGCACCCUUUGACGAAAAUGUUUGGUUAUUAACCCUGGCAGCAGUUAUGAUAUAUGGACCGUGCUUGACACUGCUUACGAAACUUCGUAGUAAGUUAAUGCCAGAAGAAGAGGAUUAUAUUCGCCUAUCUCCGAGCUUUUGGUUUGUGUAUGGAGCUUUUAUUAAGCAGGGUACCUCGUUGUCUCCUUCUGCAAACACAACCCGCGUUUUAUUUGCGACAUGGUGGCUGUUUAUAAUUUUACUAUCAGCAUUCUAUACAGCAAAUUUGACCGCUUUUUUGACCUUAUCGAAAUUCACUUUGGACAUAGAAACAGUUCAGGAUUUGUAUAAGAAAAACUAUCGAUGGGUGGCUCCAGAAGGUGGCGCUGUAGAAAAUGCUGUCAAAAACCCGGAUGAAGUAAUAAAUUUCCUACUAAAAACAGUUACGACUGGACGAGGUAGAUUUCUGUCAGUCAGAGAUACUUCCUCGUUCCUUACUUACGUAUCCGAAGGAGCGGUGUUAGUCCAACCAAGCGUAACUUUACAAUACCUUAUGUACAACGACUAUUUACAAAAAACCAGGCUGGGUGUACCUGAAGCUGAAAGAUGCACGUUCGUAGUUGCACCUGGUGUAUUCAUGACCAAAAGGAGAGCGUUUGCAUAUCAGCAUAAGUCGAAAUUGAAAUCGCUGUUUAAUCCGGUUAUAAAGCGCGUAAUACAUUCGGGAAUUCUUUCGCACCUCUCUUUGCGUAACUUACCCGAUACUAAGAUCUGCCCUCUGGACUUACAAUCAAAAGACAGGCAGUUGAGUAACACGGAUCUCCUGAUGACAUAUUACAUCAUGAUAACGGGAUUAGCUGCUGCUCUUGCUGUCUUCCUUGCAGAAAUAUGCCUAAAACGCUACAUUCACCCCAAAAGUGACGCCAUACAUCCAAGGUUCCGCCAAAAGAGACCAAAUAAGAUUGAACCAGCUAUAUUUGAUGACAACCGUCCGCCGCCAUACGAGUCUUUGUUCGGAAAAACCAAAGGAGAAUCGAAAAAGAAGUUUAUCAAUGGCAGAGAGUAUUGGGUUAUAAAGAAAGAGAACGGAGAGACCAGACUAAUUCCUGUGAGGUCGCCGUCGGCUCUCUUGUAUCGAUAA